AUGCCUGCAGUCGUGAGGCGCGCCGCGCUGUGGCGGACAGCCGGUGGGAGAAGGCGCCGCGCAGAGGAUGCGGCAAGGCGCACAGCAGCGACGCGCGCGCGUGGAGCGAAUCCAGGCUUUCGAAGGUCACGAGAAACCCGACAUUUGCAGAAGCAUGCAUGCGGCGGCGGCGCGCGUUACUUUCCUGGCAGCUGCCCGCCACUCGGCAAUGCCUUCGCGGUCUCAGAGUCCGGUACGGCGCUCGCGCCUUGGCUCGACGCGCGACGCUCCGCCUCGUUCUCCCUGCGUCACACGCCUCCUCCCUCCUUCUUCGGCGUCUCCUUAGCUUCCAUUCUGGCCUUUGCUUCUCUUCGUCGCGCGCCUCGGGAGCCCGCGUAUUCCUCGUCGCCCUGGUAUCCUUGCGCGGCUGCUUGUUCGUCGCCUGUCUCGGCUGCCUGCGGCCCUGUCUUCGCCUUAUCCGCCUCGCGCUCGCUCUCUUCCCUCUCUCUGCGACCCCCCUAUGCUUCGGCGCGGCGCGCGCCGCCGACGGCAGCUGUCGAGCGACCGCGGCGCUUCUCUUCGGCUGCUGACGGCGCCUGCGCGGCGGACGGAAAAGUCUCGUUGGCGAAGCUGUGCGCGGAGCGCAAUUUGUGUUCUCGGCGAGAAGCGGAAAACUUCUGCGUCCUUGGUUUGAUCAGCGUCGACGGGUGCCCUGUGGACUCGGGACAGCGCGCAGUGUACGUUCACCCCGGGAGCCGCGUGGAGCUGCUUCCACGAGCUCAGCGCAUCAUGGACGCGAGACUGACGGUCAUUCUCAACAAACCCAUGCAUUACCUGUCGUGCCAAGUCGAUCGACAGAUGGGCGGCGGCAAGGGUCGACCGCUCUGCCGCCAGCUGCUCGUCCCGGAGCGGCGCUGGUCGGAGCCGCUGCACGGCGACGGGCGGAGGGGGCGAGGAGAGGGGCAGGGCGGCCGCCUGUGCCCUGCCAAAUGCAACAAAAUGGUCUGCGCAGGGCGCCUCGACGUCGACAGCACCGGCUUGACUGUCUUCACUCAAGACGGCCGCAUCGCCUCGCUGCUCGUCGGCGGCGGCGGCUCGGGAAAGGCUGUGGGAAAAGAAUACUACGUCGAGGUGGAUUUGCCGGUCUCCGCGGGCGCGUUGACGCUACUGCGUCACGGCCUCGCCCUCGACGGCCUCGAGCUACUUCCCGCCAACGUUCGCCUGCUUCCGCCGCUCUCUGCGCCGUCGCUCGCGCUGCAGCCGGCGCCUGCCUCGCCUGCCUUGCCUGCCGCAAUAGACUGCGCGUUCGGCUCGCGUGCCUAUCCUGCGCCUUCUGCGCUCGCGGACGACGAGGGCUUGCAGAGGCGACGCGGAGGAGACGGCGCGCCGGCGGGGGCGGCGCGAGAUGAGAGCGAGGCGUGGGUGGGGAGGACUGCGCGCCUGUCGAUCGAGCUGUUUGAAGGCCGACACCGCCAGAUCCGGCGCAUGUGCGAGUUAGUUGGCCUGCGCGUCCUGCGUAUUCACCGCGUGCGCAUCGGCAAAAUCACUCUCGGCUCGCUCCCUUCCGCGCGCUGGAGGCUCCUCCUCCCUCACGAGUCUUUCGUCUAG